AUGAGGGAGGCGAUAUCCUUUUUAGUGAGGGGGUGCUACGGCCUGAAACACAUCCGGCAAGCUCAUGGAUUGAUGGUAACCCUAGGCUUUGAGCAGGAUAACAGACUCCUUGCCCAAUUCAUUGAGGCCUGCUCUUCUCUUGGCUUCUCCAACUACGCCUAUUCCGUCUUCAUCCGCACUCCGCACCCAGACAUUUAUCUCUACAAUACCAUGAUCAAGGCUCUAUCUCCCUCCGACGCCAUUUCUGUUUAUAACAAGAUUCAACUGGCCGGCUUGCGCCCCGAUACGUACUCCAUCCCCUUUCUGCUCAAAGCCGUGUUGCGCCUGGCCGCUGUUGGAAUAGGUAGACAGGUGCACUGCCAUAGCAUCGGCACUGGGUUGGACAGCCAUGUCACCGUGCUCACUGCCCUCGUUCACAUGUAUUCCUCUUGCGGCUCUGCUUACGAUGCUCGCAGACUCUUCGACGCAGCUGCCUUUAGAGAUGUCGCUCUCUGGAACGCAAUGAUCGCUGGAUAUGCCAAACUGGGUGAUGUAGACAGUGCCCGCCAUCUGUUCGAAACAAUGCCUCUGAAUCAUAGCAAUGUCAUUUCUUGGACUGCCCUCAUUGCCGGAUAUGCUCAGGUCAACCGUCCCACCGAAGCCAUCAUGGUGUUCCGGAGAAUGCAGCUGCACAAUGUUCAGCCUGAUGAGAUAGCAAUGUUGGCCGCGCUCUCUGCUUGUGCGCAGUUAGGUGCCCUCCGGCUGGGGGAGUGGAUCCACAACUACAUUCACAAACAUGGAUUCCGUGAGCUGCUUUCUCUCAACAACGCUCUCAUAGACAUGUACGCUAAGUCAGGCAACAUAAGAAAAGCCCUUCGUGUUUUCCACAGUACCAAAAGUAAAACUGUCAUAACUUGGACGACCAUGAUAGCCGGACUUGCCCUGCAUGGUCUUGGAACACAAGCCCUUGACAUGUUUGCUCAAAUGGAAAGGGCUCAAAUUGCACCAAACGACAUUACUUUCGUUGCCAUCCUUUCUGCUUGUAGCCAUGCCCACUUGGUUGAAACGGGUCUUUGCUAUUUUAACAUCAUGGUUUCGAGGUACCGAAUUGAACCCAAAAUUGUGCACUAUGGCUGCAUGGUCGAUCUACUUGGGCGUGCCGGUUAUCUCCAAGAGGCACAAGAUCUUGUUAGGCAGAUGCCAUUUGAAGCAAAUGCCGCAAUAUGGGGAUCUCUUCUUGCUGCUUCCAACAUUCAUGGAAAUGAUGAGCUUGGGGAGCAUGCUUUACAGCAUCUAAUAACGUUAGAGCCCCAACAUAGUGGAAAUUAUUCACUUUUGUCUAACACAUAUACUGCUCUGGGUAGGAGGAAUGAUUCUAGGCUGCUAAGGAUAGUGAUGAGGGACAAUGGUGUGAAGAAGAUGCCAGGCAUGAGUUCCAUAGAAGUGAACAGCAGAGUUCAUGGAUUCAUUGCAGGAGAAAAAUCACAUUCCAAGGGAGAAAGGAUUUAUGAAGUCCUGGACAAGCUUUUCAUGCAAUCUACGUUGGAUGGCGAUCCACAACAAGAUUGUGGGGAGCUGCUUGAAUGUGAUGAAUAGGCCAUUGUUACUCGUUAUCUGUGCAACAUCUCACCUUCAGAAUCUGAGCUUACUUGGGAUGUUGGCUGUCGGAGGAGGUUUGUUGCAUCAGCUUAUCAGCUUACUGAACAAGAGAAUCCUCAGAACUUUGAUUAUAUUCCCCUACUGUACCUGCUUCAGAGCAUUAAACCAAUGAAGAAUUCCUGCUCAAGUCCCAAUUUAUGAAACCCUAAUCCUAGAAGAGCGCUGGCCCAUAAUAUCUGAAUUUUCUGUUGAAGAAGGUGACAAAUUCCUGAUAAUAACAGAGCAAAAGAGAAUUGUGAAGACAUGAACAUUGUUUUAUUAUUAGGAGAUAAAUUGAUA